AUGACGACACCCGCAUUAGCAGACAUCAUUUUUCCCGAGCAAGCCAACCACAACUUCUCACGUAUUCUGGGUGGCCUCAGGCGGUCCAACCUCUCCAUCACGAACCGGCUCAGGUCCAUCUGUCAAGAUGCAGCCUUUGUCGACGACGUUGCCGCCGCGCUGAAGUUGCCCCUCGUCGCCAACGAGCGGUGCGGGAGUUGGUACAUCGACCCUGCGCGAAAGGCCGCAUCCGCGUACUUUAAGAGCACUGACGGGCACACGGGGCAGUGGAAGUUCAGCACGAGACGGCUCAACCUGCAUUUGCUGGAGCUGAUUGGGAAGCACGAUGGCUGCAUCAUUAUUGACUCGACCCGGCGAGGAAAACGCAUGCCCGAUGCACUAAGCAAAACCGUCCCCAUCUGGUGCAGUGUGCUAAACCGGGCCCUCUUCCCCGAGGACCCCUCGUCGCACCGGCUCUUCGUCCCGCCCAACGUGGUUUCGCCCUCAGAAGCGAGCCAAAUCGAGGCGCGUCUGCCCGACUUUGUCGCCUCCUUCCUGGCGCUCGCCAUCGACCCCCAGCCGCUUAGACGGCAGCUGGGCGACCGACCCCUGCGCCCCUUGUGGAUCACCCAGGAGGACCAUCUUGACUUUCUCGACCACUACUACUCUAGCAUUUCCGCUGCUGCGGGAAGGUCAAAACCGUUCCCUUUCCACCCCGUCGUAUGCUGCACCAGCUCCAAGCGGGUGCUGGGUGUGGGCGCCGAGAUUGGCGAGGCAGGCGGAUAUAUUCAGGGUGCUGGGGACGACACGGAGAACUGGGCGCUCGGCUUGACGGCCGAGGUGUUUUGGCGGCAUAAAGAGGAGUUGUUGGCUGCCAGUGAGGCGGAAUUGCCCGAGCUGAUCACGCAGUUGGUUGCGGCUGGUUCCAACGCUGAUCCUGGGGGUAAGGAGGCUGCCGGUAGGGAAUUGAAGCGGGUGGCCCCAGGUAUCUUCAUCGGAACGCUCGGGGCGAGGGAGAGGGCUCUGUCAGAUUCUGCUGGCCCGUGUGUGGUAACGUUGGUUCCCAGGUCCACGGAGCAGAGCUCGUGGGUAAAGUCGCCGACUCAUAUGGAGGUCGGGCUGGGUAAGAACAAAGCGGCUAGUCGUCUCUUGCGGGACGCACUUCCUCAGAUAUGCGGGUUUGUGUCUCGCUUUUUGGAGAAGAGGCUUGGAAACGGAGCGGGCAUUUCACUUGAGAAAUCGGUGAUAGUAUUGUGCGAGUCAGGGAAGGACUUGUCUGUUGGCGUCGCCCUCGCGCUUUAUUGCUGGUGCUUUGACGCAGCCGGGAAUGCGCGGUCAGUUGACGAUCGAGCAUCGUUUAACAAGACUGCAAUUCGGGUGAAACUGGGGCAUAUAAUGACUGAGAUGCCUAACGCCAACCCGAGCAGAGCAACGCUUCAGAGCGUGAAUAGCUUUUUAAUGGACUGGCGGAAAUGA